CAAAGGCUCCUUUAAAACCAAGAUUACCGCUUUCUAAAAAUUCUAAAAAUACGGAUGAUAGAGUUGUACUGUAUAAACGCCGCGCAGCAAAAAGCCCUACAAUGGCAUUUAAUCUUGGUAACCUUAGUGAAGAUAACACUGAUGAAGAAAAUGAGCCAAUUCAAUACCAAAACGAGACUGAAAUUAGUGAUAUUUUAGUACGAAGAAGCAAACGUCAACGUAUUAAACCUCUGGAAUUCUGGAGGAACGAAAGAAUCGUAUAUGGUCCAACAAGAACAAAAGUUAUUCGCGUUCCUCGGCCAGAAGAUAAUGGUAAACAAAAGAAAUCAGGUGCUGGACGAGAUACAAAGAAGCGAAAGAGAGGCAAUAAAAAGACUACCUCUAAUAAAAAUGAAACGGAUGAUGAGGAUAUUGACGAAGCGUCAUCUGCUGAAGGAUUAGCUAUAGAUUGGGAAACGAAAGAAAAAGUUGCUCGACGUGUAAUAUAUACUCUUUCAAUGUAUCAAACUGAACCUAUUGAUAAUGAUGGAUGUAGAUUCCAAAAAACCUUUUCGGAAGGCGAUUUCUUUUCAGCAGGGUUGAUUGAUAUACCCAAAGGACGCAAAAAAUCGGGAAGAAAUUCAAAUGAAAACGCCAUG